AUGGUUCCAGAAUCGUAUUAUAGUGUCGGUUUGGGAGUAUCGAGCGUUGUCGCCCAGGAGGCUGUAUGUCGACGCUUUACCAAGAACUACGCGACCGCCAGCGGCAUCGGCCGGACCGGUUACUCCAUUGGACUCUUCGUGUUCGCACCUCUGGUACAGCUUUUACUCAACACCUACGGAUGGCGAGGGAGUAUGAUGCUUGUUGGCGGGAUCUGCUUGCACUUGGUCGCGUGCGGCGCCCUUCUCGUCACUUCAAGCCAGGAUACGCCCCAGUCAACGGAGUAUCAGAGAAUCUCUGAUCAGGAAUCUAAUUCUCAAACGAACCAGACUAAUCUUGCGCACCGUUGCAGUGAAUUACGCGAGAGUCUUCUCUGGAACUUUGAUUUAAGGCUGUUGGUUAAUGCACGCUUCUGGGCCCUGGCACUCAUGAAGUGCUGUACCGUAUUUGCUGACGAUAUGUGGAUAAUCUACUUCGUGUCGCAAGCGCAAUCCAACGGGUUUUCCACUGAGGACGCCGGAUUGUUCGUGGCAGUCGGAGGGGUGGGCAGUCUGGUCGCCAAAGUCUGCCAGGGACCUCUCACUGACCGCGGAGUGAUUUCUAGCUGGAGUUUGACGGGCAUGUUCAUCACCAUUGGCUCUGCUACGUACUGCGCAACUCCUUGGCUCACAUCCUAUUGGGCAAUGAUGGUAUCUGCGUCGAUGGUGCUAUUUUGUGGCGGCCUUAUUACCUGUCAGACUGAUGUUCUGAUUAAGCUAAUAUUGGGUGUAGAUUUGCUGUCGGGUGCCUUCGCAUGGAUGGCGCUGCUUACAUCAACUUUGUCAUUCACUAUGGGAUUUUUUCCUGGCUUGCUGUACGACCUUACGGGAAGUUAUACUGUUAGCUUUACGAUGGUAGGCGUUGUUCAGGCCCUGCCUAUUGUUCCACUCGCACUGCUGAGGUACUUCCAUGACAGCGCCAAAUAGGCACAACCUCAACCUCGUUACCAGGGUGUCGAGCAGUAGGCCUACGCUCCGAUCCCACCACUACCUUCUCUCUCACCCUGGUAUUGGAUCAUUUGCAUAUCCAAAAUUUUUGGAUACGUAUGCAAAUUUGGAAUAG